AUUUCACUCACAAACAGACUGACUAAGUUAUACUAAUAUUUUCACUAAAACUAGCAGGUUGCUCGGAACUAGCUGUACGUCCGGUAUGCCAAAGAAUAUGAUAGACCGCGAGUACCAACAUUGGAGCUUUUGUAGGCUUGAAAUUUGGUGCUCGGGGCCCGGGGAUGUUAGAGUACACGAAGUAAUCAUCAAGGUGCCACUGAAGUCUGUGUUCAAGUUGUUCCCAUUGAAUGCCUGGAUUCCCUUCAAUGCGGUAUAAGCACUGUGGCACCCAGGCAGCUUGUUAUUCACUUGCCUGUCAGGCUGAUUUGUGGAGCAAUGCUGAGGGAACAUUGACUUCUUCCGACGUAAUGAGAAGGCCCUGCUCGACCUUGCAGCAGAAGCGUGUCAGAUUGAAGGCUGUCAGUCCAGUACUACAGAAGGGAGUCAAUCGGGAGUGAAGACGUGCAGAUUUUAGGGUUUAUCAAUCAGCGCACCUUCUUGGAACAGAAGCGGUCAGGCGCCAUGGGGUGUGCGGCCUCCGUUGAGGCUGUGGCCAGCGACGGCAAGCGCCUGCUGCCGGAGGGCGUGGCCAAGCUGGACAGCAAGGCGCCGCAGGCAGACCCCCCCGCCACCAAGGAGGACGGUGCACCCAAAGCAGGUCCCCCCGCAAGCAAUGCCAGCGCGCCCGAGGCAAAGCCCACUCAGGGAAAGAGCCCCGCUGAUGCAACGGGGCCCACCAACGGGUCUUCCCCUGCAACCAACACAAGUGUUGCCAUCAAAGAAGCAAAUGCAGAGCGCUUCAAGGACGGCGAGGCAACUGUUGUGUUUGUUCUGGGCGGGCCUGGCUGCGGCAAGGGCACCCAGUGCGCGCGCAUGGUGGCAGACUUUGGCUUCCAGCACCUCAGCGCGGGCGACCUGCUGCGCGCCGAGGUGCAGAAGGGCAGCGCGCUGGGGCAGCAACUGGAUGCCACCAUGAAGGAGGGCGGCCUGGUCCCCGUGGACGUGACGCUGGCGCUGCUGCGCGCCGCCAUGAAGGCGUCCCCCGUGAAGCGCUUCCUCGUGGACGGCUUCCCGCGCGCCGUCGACCAGGCCGUCGCCUUCGAGGCCAGCGUGGCCGCGCCCAACCUGGUGCUCUUCUUCGACUGCCCCCUCGAGACGAUGCAAGCGCGGCUGAUGAAGCGCGGCGAGAGCAGCGGGCGCGCGGACGACAACCCCGCCACCAUUCAGAAGCGCUUCGACACGUUCCUGAGCCAGAGCCUGCCCGUGCUCGCGCACUACCAGGCCGCCCUCGAGGCCGACCCGCGCGGCGCCACCGUGCACAAGAUCUCCGCGGUGCCCCCCCCCGACCAGGUCUACACCGAGGUGGCCGCCAUCCUGCGGCAGUGCCAGCACACCUUCGUCCCCGGAGCUGCCCCCGCGCCCGCCCCCAACACCGACGAGCCCGCGCCCGCUGCCCUGCUUGCGGCGCCGGCGGCAGUCACGGCCCCCUCCGCCGCUAGAGAGGCGACCAGCGCACUUCCGGCGUCCGUGGUGGCAGCGGCAGCCGGGGAGACGAAGCCGUCUGCCCCGAUGACAGCCACGGCUGCGGCAGUCGCACCGAUCGUUGCCCCUGUCGCUGGCAGCGGGGCGCCGGCCAGCCCGCGUGCACCCGCGGUGGCAGAGGCGGUCCCCGCAGCACCAGUGGGGACGGCUGCAGCGACGGAGGUCAAGGCAGGGGGGAGUGCGGGCGGCGCAGGAGUGGAGGAAGCGAACAAGGGCGCCGCUGAGAGUGGGGCAUCUCUGCCUGCAUUGGCAGCCACGCCGGUUGCACAGGAGGCCGUACCGGCCGCCGCGGCAAACAGCGCGCCCACUCCAGCGGAAAGCAAACCAGCAGAGGCAGGAGGGGACGGCAAAGCUGAGGACGAUAAGAAAGCGGACAAGGGCGCAGCGGGUACUACUGUGGAUGGGCCGCAAGAAGCAAGAAGCGAGGUGCUCAUCGCAGCAGUGACGUCGGAACCCAAGCAAGAAGCUCAAUAGAGACACUUAAGGUCUUACGAGGCGGAUCUGUUUCAUCUUGCGACCCAGGCUUAUGUCGAAGCCGUACCUUUCUUAGGGGCUUUGAACCUGGGUUUAAGCCGUACCUUUCUUAGGGGCUUUGAACCUGGGUUUAGAGCGCACGCAGUCUAAGUUGUUUUAAUUCUUCGCGGGCUAUCAAGUGUUCGUUCCUUGUGAAAUCAGCAAUUCGUUCUCCAAUUCUUUCGGCAAUAAUAAGUAAUACAAGCACAGCCGUCCAACUAUCGUACAGCUAAAUUGUAGAUUGCGGCAGUCAAAUUGAACUCGCAUGAGGCGAUAUUUAAGUCUGAGCGGGAGCCUGAUCCGACUGUAAGAUAGAUUUAUAUCCAAAAACGAUCUUACUAACAUAGCUUUUCGGACCGUCUCGAUUAACUAGCUGACAACGCAAGCUUUUGUCUAGAAUGUUGCAUACAAUCCGACACUCUCCUAGGCUAGUAGUGGAUCGGAAAAAUACCCAACUCAAAGAAUGAAGCUUUGGAAGGGAGGAUUUACAAAUCCGACA